AUCUUUCUUUCAGCUCUCUCUCAGAGUGUGGAGGACUGCACAGCCACAGUGCAUAUUGUUGGUACAACGCAGGCUCCCAACCAGAUAGAUAUUCCACUAGGAACUGUCUGCGUGGAGUGUGUUGUCAAUGGAGAAGUAGACACUAGCACAACCACUUUCCUAAUUGGAAACUCACCAAUCACAAGCCUGGAUGGUGGAGUUCUUGUGGUGGAUACUAGCAUGACAUUCCAGGCAUCCCCUGACCCUGACUUUGCGGUGUGUUAGUGGCUCAGUGGCUGUAAGACAGGCUUCAGUUUUCUUGGAUGUGUAUCUACCGCCAACAAUUGAGGGAGCAACUGCAGUCAAAGAGGGAGGCACUCUCUUCCUCGUCUGUGACAGCACAAACUCCAACCGAGAACCGCUUGCGCAAUGGUUCGACAAAGAUGGCCUAGAUGGUGUCUGCAUCUGAAGUACUGAAUAUCCCCAACAUCAUGAGGUCUCAGGCUGGGACCUAUAUCUGUCGAACCUCUCCUCCAAACCCUGACAACUCUACCAGCACAACUGUGACAGUAGUCAUACAAUGUGAGUGCGUGUUGCUAUACAGUUAGCUGUGCACAAAGCUAAAAAA